AUGUAUCAAUCUACAUCAUUAGAUUCAUUAAAUUUACCGACAACUUCAACAAUGCCAGUAUUAACAUCGACAGCUAAUCCAGAGGUUCAAUAUACUAGAUCAUUAACAUCAGUUAAAGUUCAGUCUUGUAUUAAUGAAAACACAUCUAUUACCAAUACUAAUACUACUACAGAUAAACAUCUUGGCUCCGAUGACAGUAAAAAAAUUUCACUUAGUCGUAAACAAGAAUCAUUAGAACAGUUAAAUAUCGAUGACAAUCAAUCAGUUCAUGCAAAUCAUAAUAAAGAAGAAGGUGACGAAGAUAAUCUAUUUGAUAGAUUUAUUUGUGAAACUUCAACUUAA